CUUAUAGACUGCCCGAAGCAAAGCUUUAGCCGACGGAUUGCUUGAGCAAGCGGCGUGCAUUGCCUUUAGCCGUCAGCUGUCGGACAAAGGCCGUCAAAAUGUCCGGACCUAAAGAGCAACGAAGCAAUCCAUUUGCAAGACGGGCAAAGGAGCAACAUGCCUUAGCGACUCGCUUCCGAGCUCAGGAACGGACACCGGAGUUUCGAGUGUAGGCAGCAGUGCUGGACUUCACUUUCCCCCCUUUCAACCCUGAUCUUCCGCAAGACUGGACAUCGUCUGGACACGACACGAGACACAGCUCAAUAUGAGGCUUUAUAGAGCCGUGACUGCCUUUGCCGCUCUUUUCGCAAGCGUGCAACCGACCUUUGGCACAUCCAAUGGCAUAACCGGCGGCCAGUCUGAUGUGCCGAGCCAAUCUCUGAGUCAACAGCCCCCCUCUGUCCAUCGUGGACCCUUCGACCGAGAGACUGGAUUUUUCCACUUUGGUCGUCCGCAGAGGCUCGGUCGAAAGCUGGAACAGGCCUUGAGAGUCAGCCCGCAGCAGGUCAUUGCUCAGAUGAGGGAGGCGAACCAGGACAAUUUUCAAUCGUCUCCGCUGGCUUCACUGCCCGGUUCGCCUGUCGGUAGCACAGCCAAGCCUAGUCGUGCCCGGCGACUCAGCCACUCCAGCAGCUACCACUCUGCCCUUGCAGAGAGUCUUCCUAGCACCCCAAGAACGCCCACGACGCCCAGUCUACGGGAGCAUAGUAUCAUCGCAGAACAUCGGCCAAAGGGUGGCAGGUGGAGAAAGGUCACGCGCAAGUUGACGGCGUGCUUGCGCUGUGCGAAGCCGAGAGGGGCGACUUGAGGCUCUGUUCUCCCUCCUGACAUGCCCCAUAUCUCGAAGAGUCACUGUCGCCGGAGUGCGGGCAUGUUCAAUUUGAAUUUGCUGCUGUGCCGCCUCUUCGCGCCACAAGUGCGGUCGCCAACCCAAAUCUGACUUAACCUUUGCGCCUUUGCUUGCAUCAGAAGUUGCGGUACCACGUAUUGCGCGAGCGCAACGAUCGCCUCUUGCUGUGGGAACUCGUG